AUGAGAGAUGCGCUGUGGGUAAGUUGCUGUGCUGUGGCCGGCGGUAGCUUCAGGCUGCAGGCGCUGCAAUCCCCAGAUGACCUCUUUUCCCUCUUCGCCUCCUUGCACUCGUGUGUGGCGCGCAGCACCUCCCCUCCGCGCCACCGGGCAGCAGCAGCAGCGUCGCCCGCCUGCCAGCCUGUCACUCGUGGCAGUGCGCUUGGCCUGUUCCUGCGCUCCCUGCUGCUCUCCUUCCACCUCCUGCCCUUCCAGGCGGUGUGUGAUGUGCUGGGCGACAUUCACGAGUACCUCCACCACGCGGGCUGCUCUGCCAGCACCGGCAGCACGGAGAUGGGGAGCAUGGAUGAGCAGGCGGCGGGCAGGCGGGAGAGCACAGGGGAGGCAUCACAUGGGGAGUGGGGGUCAGGGGAGGGGAGGGGGAAUGAUGGAGGGGAGGAAAUGGAGGUAGACGUGGGGGUGGAGGGGGGAGUGGAUGGGGGCGAAGGAGUGGGCAUAGAGGGAGGGGAACCGCUGGCCUUUGAUACAGUCACACACCGCAGAAGAACCACCCGCGAGGGCACGCGUGAGAGCAGAAGGGAAGCAGCAGGGGGGGUGAUUGGGUGGGAUGGUGGAAGGGGAGCGGGGAGAAGGAGCAGUGGAGGGAUGGUGGGGGUGGAGGGAGAAGCAGGGGAGGAGGGGCGGGAGAGUGGAGAGGGGCAGGGAAGAUGGAGGCGGAAGCAGAGGGGAGUCAGCGGCAUGCAGAAGCAGUUUCUGCGGGAAGCAGGGCGGCUGGCAGAGUACCUUGACUGCCGGAUAGAGCAGGCGAGCAGGCGGGGGGCAGCAGCAGCAGGCCCAAGGAGCGAGCAAGGAAGGGAAGGCGAGGGGAGUGGCGGCGCUGUGGAUGGCGCACAUGCAGAUGACCAGCGCGCAUUGGCUCAUGCUCAUGACCUGCCGCCCAAGGUGCAUCUGUGGCAGCAUCACGAGUCGCUCGCCUCGCGCCAUCUCUCCGACUCCCUCUCCUCGCUGCACCGCUACUUCGAUUACAGGUGCCCCAGGGUGCAGGGUUAUGUGUUUGCUUGCAGUGCUCCAGUUCACAUGGCACAGCAGGAGAGUGAUGACGUGUGCUUGGUGCACGCCCUCACAGCCAUCUGCCACCUCCUAUCACAGACUGCCACGUCAGACGCACCCCGCCAGCUGGCAGUGCUGGGAGCCCCCAGCUCACUUCAACAACCCACACUCCUGGAGGGGGGAGUGUGGCGGGGUGGGGGGGGCAGCGGAGGGAAGAAGGGGCGGGUGGGAGGCGAGGGGAAGUUGGGGGGAGAAAAAGGGGCGCAUGGGGGCGUGGACGGGGAGGGGGGAGGAGGGGCGGCAGUGGGUGGGGGGGUGCAGCAGCAGGUGUGUGCGCUGCUGCAGCGCUGCCUGGUGCGCGCCGCCCAGCUGAGACUGCCACGCCUCGUCUUUGCCAUCCAGUUGCUGCUCACUCGCUACAGCGUCGAGCAUGUAACGGACGGGAGAGCACUGCACGCCACCACCUCCCUCUCGCUCCCUCCAUCUGACUUCACCUCUGCGGACGACCUAGCAGCAUCAGCAGUCAAGCUGCUGCGACACAGAGCUGCACACUCUGGCGCCGCAGCGGCGCUGCCUCUCCUGCAUCGCCUGCAGCAGCAUCCGCUGCUCUCCUCCUCGCCCUCCCUCCGCAUUGCUGAGCUGGAGCUGACUCACGACCUCUGCCUUGCCACUGGCCGCACAUCCCAAGCACUGCAUGUGUGUGAGCAGCUCGCAGCCAUUGCCACACGCCAUGGCCUCUCUAACAACGACGAACAGGGAACAGGGCACGGAGCAGGGCAGGGGGGCACGGAGGUGGACUUGGAGUUGGAGGCGGCGUGCCGCCAUGUGCACACCCUCGUUGCUGCCUCGCGCUUUCCCCAGGCGGCAUCAGCAGCCAAGGUGCUCUUCACGGCGUGCUGUCAGCACAACCGCCAGCUGUACCAUGCACGGUGCCUGCUGCUCUUGGCGGAGCUACACCUGAAAGCCGGGUCACCAGCAGCGGCACUCCCACACGCGCUGGCAUGCGCGUCACUGGCAGCUCGCCUGCACGCGCUGCUGCUGCAGGCCACCGCCACCCUCACUGCCGCCGAGGCCACGCUCGCCCUGGCACCCCCGUCUUGCAGCCCUAUUCGUGCUGGGGGGGGUUAUGGUGCUGCAGGGGCCGAUGAGAGGGUGGGCGGUGCUGCAGGGGGCGAUGGGGGAGGGGGCGAGAGGAGCAGCAGUGGGCGGGAGUGUGCGGCGCAAGCGCUGUGGUUGCUGGAUGGGGUGUGUCUGCCGGUGCUGCUGGGGCAGUCAGGUCUCUCCAUGCGCUGCCGCACCCUCAUGCUCAUUGCCCAGUGCCACCUCGCCUUGCUCCCUCCUGCUGCGGUGCCAGGCAGUGCGCCAGCAGUGCUGCCGUUGCUGGAAGAAGCAGCCAGCGGCUUCCACACCAUGCAGGUCAGUCCCAGUCAGUCCCACCCCGUCACUCGCACCCCGUCACUCACACCAAGUCACUCACACCAAGUCAUUCACACCAAGUCGCUCACACCAAGUCGCUCACACCAAGUCACUCACACCAAGUCGCUCUCACCCCGACAGUUUGGGGCAGCAUAUCUCCCCCUUCGCACACGCCCUCCAUGCCUCCCUUGUGUUCCCCCUCACUCCUUUCCCUACCCUCCCCUCUUCCCCUCAGGAGCUCGCCCGGGAGAGGGACGCGCGGCACCUGCAGGCACUGCUGUGCCAGAGAUGCUUUCUUAG